GCACUCCUUUCGACAACCGCCAUGCUGCUAUGGGACAUUGCAGGGCUCCCUUCUCUCUCUGCUGCUGGACUUUGUGCUCCGGGAAGACCAGCGCCCUCUUCCAUCAUUGUGUAUGCCUAUCCUGUUCUCCCCACACCACACCCAGGUCUUCCUUGUUGAGUCGUCAUUUUUCCACCUCUGCCCGUUCCCUUGUAGCUUGACUGCGAGGCCUUUGGUAGUUGGUUCAUCGGAAAGUUGUGUUGUCCGUCCCCAGAGGUUAACGGUGUUGUUGUCCGCCCCUAGGUUAGGCCCCACCCAGCUGAAGAUCUUCACCUGUGAAUACUGCAACAAGGUCUUCAAGUUCAAGCACUCGCUGCAGGCCCACCUGAGGAUCCACACCAACGAGAAGCCGUACAAGUGCCCCGAGUGCAGCUACGCCAGCGCCAUCAAGGCCAACCUUAACGUGCACCUGCGGAAGCACACGGGCGAGAAGUUCUCCUGUGACUACUGCUCCUUCACCUGCCUCAGCAAGGGCCACCUCAGGGUGCACGUUGAGAGGGUGCACAAGAAGAUUAAGCAACACUGCCGCUUCUGCAAGAAAAAGUACUCUGACGUCAAGAACCUCAUCAAACACACCCGGGACGCGCAUGACCCCCAGGACAGGAAGGUCAAGGAGGCUUUGGAUGAGCUCCGCCUGAUGACCAGGGAGGGCAAGCGGCAGCUGCUCUACGACUGCCACACCUGUGAGCGCAAGUUCAAGAACGAGCUAGACCGGGACCGCCACAUGCUGGUCCACGGCGACAAGUGGCCCUUCGCUUGCGAGCUCUGUGGCCAUGGGGCCACCAAGUACCAGGCCUUGGAGCUGCACGUCAGGAAGCACCCCUUUGUUUACGUCUGUGCCAUAUGUCUCAAGAAGUUCGUCAGCUCCAUCAGGCUGCGCUCGCACAUCCGAGAGGUGCACGGGGCAGCCCAGGAGACCCUGGUCUUCACCAGCUCCAUAAACCAGAGUUUCUGCCUCCUGGAGCCUGGUGGGGACAUCCAGCAGGAAGCCUUGGGGGACCAGCUGCAGCUGGCAGCUGAGGAAUUUGUGUGUCCGGAAGUGGAUGUGCUCAAGGAGGGUCCCGGGGAAGCUCAGCCUGAGGUGGCUCCGAGGGAGCUGGAGGCCCCGGGAGAAGCAACCACCUCGCCCGUGCCCUUGGCCACCUCCCAGACUGAAAGUGCUUCCCUUUCCCCCUGCAAAGUAGGAACCACUGUCGUCGCGUCUGACCUCAACCCUCUUGGAGUGGUUUCGGAUGACUUUUUACUGAAAAACGGUACCUCCCCAGCCGAGUCCCAUGCUGUAGCCGAGCCAGCCUUGGAUACACAGCAUGGAGGCUCAGCCCAGACUCAGGGUGAAGAAGUCACACUGCUGCUGGCCAAGGACCAAAGUGCCAGACCAGGCCCAGAGAACCAAAGUGGCCAGAGCCCUCCAGGUGGAGGGCAGAAUGCGAUCGCUCUGCCAGCCAGUGAAUCUGACUCUAACAGGUGUCUCAGGUCAAACCCAGAGGAGGCCUCAGACCUCCUUCCCGCAGUGGCUGAAGGAGGGGAACCUGGAGUGUGCCAGGCCGACCCUUCGAAACCCCCAUCCGAGCACCACCCUGGCAGCACAGCGUUCAUGAAGGUCCUAGACAGUCUCCAGAAGAAGCAGAUGAACACCAGUCUGUGCGAGAGGAUCCGGAAGGUUUAUGGAGACCUGGAGUGUGAAUACUGUGGUAAGGAAAGGGCUGUGCUGGUCACACGAGCCUUUGAGCAGAGCUUUCCUUCCCAGCAGCCCUGUCCGUUCCUAUCAUGCUGUCAUCACCUUGGGUUCCAUUUGAGCUCGUGUCUGUUUGCAAAGGACACCACCUAAAUGAGCCACCCUCCUCUGUGCUAGAUAGGAGCAGUGAGCCCAAUCAUCAGU